ACACUUGGCAUGCAUUUGAAAUGAUUGAGCUCGCAUAAAUAAUGAGGCAAAAAAAUGACCAACCAUUUACUGAACUUUUGAAUAGAUCGAGAACUGGAUCCCAGACUGAUGAAGACAUCUGCAGCAUUCAGCCAAGAUCAAUCAGUUCAUUAGGCAGCAAUUACCCAUCAGAUGCUCUUCACAUAUGGGCUGAAAACAUCCCAGUAGACCCACACAACAAUCCAAAAUUAGCACAGAUUCCUAAACCUAUAUUUACCCUGAAAGCCACAGAUCAAUAUCCUAACAAUGUCAACAAACAAGAUAUUGACAGAGUACUGGCAAGAGGAAGAUCUGAAACUGGUAGACUUGAUUAUGAACUUCAUUUAAAAGAAACAGCAAGAGUAAUGCUCAUAGCUAAUAUUGACAUCUCAGACAGAUUGAUCAAUGGUCAGAUUGGUACAGUAGUCAACAUAUAUGUCAAUCCAAACAUCCAAAGGCCAUCAACAAUAUUCAUUAAAUUUGAUGAUGAUAAAGCAGGACAAAACAUGAUUAAUAAUAGCAAUAACCAAUAUGCUAAAGAACAUAAAGAAGUACUUAUUGAACCCAAUUCUUGCCAAAGAUGAAAGUAAGACCUAAUAAGCCAUCAUCACCUGAGACACAAGGAAUACAGUUUCCAAUUACAUUAGCAUGGGCUUGCACUGUCCACAAAGUGUAAGGAUUGACAA